AAUGGGAAGUGGUGAUCUUAUUGCGUAUGAACAAACUUUAUUCUUAAAUCUAAAGUUGAGCUAUUUGGGUUUGUCUUGAUAACAAAUAUUUCCAUGUCCAGUAAAAAAGUGGAGAAUAUAAAGGCAACAAAGAUUUUUGUGAUGUGGGAUAUGCUGUGAUUGUGGUUUUGACCAUCCAAAUUUCUCUAUAAAGCAAGCCUCUACGGCAUCUGCCUCCAAAAUCACUCGUUCCCCAUUUUGUUGAACCUGCCGCGCCCCUGUUUGGUUCCAUUUUAUCUCUUUUUCGGGGGUUGGGAAGGAGAGGGGGGGCAAGAGGAACAAGGAGAAAUUGAAGAACUGAAGCUAUUGAGGGAUGGUUGUUGACGACGCAAUGGAGAUGAACGUUGUUGUCGGUUUUGGAGGCCCUUCUACUUCUCGAUUUCCCGAUGCUUAUCCCAAAAGGGUUUUGAUGGAGGGAAGAUACACUGGAGAUUGACAUCAUCAGAGUGUUUACAGCGUUAUUUUCUUCAGUCAGCGUUGUUCUGUUCUUUUUUUUUUUUUUUCUUCCUUUUUUCGCAUCUGCAAUUUCAAUAUUGAACUCUCAGAAACAAACAUGGCUCCAUAAGAGAUGAGCUGAAAUGGGAGAUUCUCUCCUCACAGCCCUUUCACUAGAGAAUCAUCAUCCAUCAACACUUUUAUUCAUGGAUCCAAGUGCCUCGUCUCACGAAGAACUGGAUUUGGAAAUGAAGAGACAGAUCGUCUCCUCCCGUCCACCCGACAUAAACUUACCUUUAUCGAAUGAAUGCAGCUACACUUUGCAGCCAUGGAGUUCUGAUCAUUGUAACAUUUUAGAUGUUGGGCUUGCUUCACAAGUUUAUGAUACUGAAACUUUUCUUACUGUUCCAAAGGUUGUAAGAAAAUGUACCAAGCGAGUAGACAGCAUUUGGGGUGCAUGGUUCUUCUUUAGUUUCUACUUCAAGCCUGUGAUAAAUGAGAAAUCGAAGGCUAAGAUUAUUCGUGACAGCAAAGGUGUUUCGGGAUUCGAGAAGUCGGAUCUUAAGGUCGAUGUUUUUAUGGUCCAACAUGACAUGGAGAACAUGUACAUGUGGGCUUUCAAGGAGAAGCCGGAAAAUGCAUUAGGUAAAAUGCAGCUUAGAAGUUAUAUGAACGGGCAUUCUCGCCAAGGCGAGCCUCCUUUCCCAUUUGGUGCUGAGAAAGGGUUCGUUCGAUCACAUAGAAUGCAACGGAAGCAUUAUAGGGGUCUCUCGAAUCCUCAGUGUGUACAUGGGAUCGAGGUUGUUGAGUCUCCGAACCUAAUGUCUCUCGACAAGGAACUACGAAAGAGAUGGGUAGACCUAACAGGUAGAGACUUUAACUUCGCUAUCCCACCUGAAGCAAGUGAUUUUAGCUCAUGGAGGAACCUUCCUAGCCCAGAUUUUGAACUCGAGAGGCCAGUUCCUUCCGUCAAGAGUGCUUUAAAUCCUCAACCGAAGAAAUUGCUCAACGGAUCGACGCUAAAUUUAUCAAACCAGAUGUCAACCCUCAGCAACUGUGAUAUGAUGGAUCUAUCAUCUGUUACCAGCAAGAGAAGGAAAAGCUCAUCUCCUAAAAUGAACGACGAUGAUUGCGCAUUGGUGGUCAAUCCUCCCGACUGGAUUUCGAAUAUGGACAAGCACUCGAAUGGCGUACAGUGGUUGAACGACUUCAGUGGAGUUAUGAAGAACAGCCACGGGCCUGUUACAGCUGCAAAGGCAAUAUAUGAAGACGGUGAAGGCUACUUAAUAAUUAUCAGUUUGCCAUUUGUGGAUCUACAAAGGGUCAAAGUUUCGUGGAGGAACACGCUCACACAUGGUAUUAUAAAGGUUUCUUGUGUGAGUACAUCUCGAGUACCGUUCAUCAAGAGGCACGAUAGAACUUUCAAGCUUUUAGAUUCGUCUACCGAACAUUGUCCUCCAGGUGAAUUCGUGAGAGAGAUUCCUCUUUUGACUCGAAUUCCUGAAGAUGCUAACAUUGAAGCGUACUACGACGGACCAGGAUCUGUUCUUGAGAUCAUGGUCCCCAAACUCCAGGAAGGUUCAGAAGAACACGAGGUUCAUGUUUGCCUUAGACCGCUGCAUGGAGUGAAAUCUAAUAUUAAGUUGAGAUAGGCAGUUCAGUUGUGAAAGAGAAUUAAAGGUUGCGGUCUUGUUUGUUGCCAUGGUUGUUGUGAUCAGUUUACUAACUUAUACCACAAGAUAAGAAUUGUACGGACCUCAAUCUGUUUAUUGUAUUUUUUGUUUUUUCAAUUUACUGUAUUAUUAUUAGUCUUC